UAGCCUAUUUAUUAAUCCCCUCUAAUUAAUAAGCCUUCUCUUCUCCUUCUCAGACCUAUCAUCACAAUAAGAAAAAUUAAACCAACCUGCGUGGACACUAGAGUGAAGCAAUGGAAGAAGAGAGAAACCACGAUACAUUUUCGUCUUCUUCAUCUCUCCAAUCUCUGAACAAGCAAUUGGCAGGCACAACUCCUGGAGGAAACGCGGAUGACGUUCCCGUGGUUGAUCUAAGCGUUUCUGAUGAAGAGCUCCUGGUGAGUGAGGUGACGAAAGCGAGCGAAGAGUGGGGAGUUUUUCAGGUGGUCAACCAUGGGAUUCCAACGGAGCUGAUGCAGCAGCUGCAAGUGGUUGGGAAGCAGUUUUUUGAGCUCGCCGAGGCAGAAAAGGAAGCUGUGGCGAAAGAGGAAGACAUUGAAGGAUACAAGAGGAACUAUCUACAAGGUAUUAAGGCUUGGGAUGAACAUCUAUGUCACAGACUCUCCCCACCCUCUCUCAUCAAUUAUAAAUAUUGGCCUAAGAAUCCUCCCCAGUACAGGGAGGUGAAUGAGGAGUACACAAGGCAUAUGAAGAAGCUAACGGAGAAAAUUCUUGGUUGGUUAUCAGAGGGACUAGGGUUACCUUCCGUGACGUUGACGCAAAGAUUAGGUGGGGAAAUGACAGAGUAUGUGAUUAGGGUUAAUUACUAUCAGCCGUCUCAAAAAUCCGAAUUAGUCAUAGGAGGCGCUGCGCACACCGAUAUAGGUGCAAUCACACAUCUCCUCCCUAAUGAGGUUCCUGGACUUCAAGUCUUCAAGGACGAACAAUGGUUGAACGUUGAGUAUAUCGACUCCGCUGUGGUUGUUAUCAUCGGCGAUCAACUCAUGAGGAUGAGCAACGGGAGGUACAAGAAUGUGCUUCACAGAGCAAAAUUGGAUAAGGAAAGAUUGAGGAUAUCGUGGCCGGUUUUUGUUGCGCCGAGGCUUGAUUUGUUAGUCGGACCUUUGCCGGAGCUUACCGGAGACGAGACUCCUCCCAAAUUUGAGACUUUAGCUUAUAAAGACUAUAUGCACCAGACCUUUGCAAAAUGGGCGGUCGAGAAGGUAUAUAGUUCAUAAAGAAUCCUCUCUAUUGAAGACCCUAGAAACCCAUGAACAAAGAAUCCCACAAUAAAUUAUGAUGAACUGUCCAAGUGUUCGUAUCCCUAUAUAUUUUGUUUUUGUUUGUUUGUUUACUUUUCGAGUUACGUCAAAUGAUUACUGUUCUUUCCUCUAAUGGAGUUUUAUGGUAAACAUAAUAAAGGGUUA